GGUGUUUUCUGAAAGUUCACCGCGUGUUUGUGUGUGUCUCUAUGGAAAGGCAGACAGUAAGGGGCGUGGAUGUCGAAUCAACUCCAACAAGUAAAACACCCUGCAGUCAGUUGUCAGCAGGAGCGGGUGAUUGUAGUAACUGAGAGCCAGUAAAGCCACUGUAUUACCCCAUUAACGCGGGAUAGUUGACCACCUGUGAACCAUGGAAGAAGACGCGUCCCAGCCCCACCCCGAGCCCAGCAGCAUCUCUGGCAGCACCCACACCAUCCCGCAGCAGCAACCCGAAGGCCCGGAGCUCCUCAUCCCGAGCUUUAGCCCCUCGUCCGCCCCGUCCUCCCCGACCCCGACGGGCACCCUUACACGACUUGGCUUGAAAAGUCCAACCAGCCCAGGUGCGCCAGGAAGCCCGGUCGACCGCGGCCAGGUGAGCGCAAUCACUGUGGUGGCGCUGCUGGACAAGGUGGUCAACAUGCUGGAGGCGGUGCAGGAGAACCAGCAGCGGAUGGAGCAGCGGCAGUCCGAGCUGGAGGGCGCCGUGCGUGUCGUGCAGGGGGACGUGACCCGCCUGUCCAAGACCCACGUCAGCACCUCCAACAGCGUCAAGAUGCUGCUCGAGCGCUCCCGCAAAGUCAGCGGCCAGCUGAAGGAAGUGAAGGAGCGCUUGGACAAACAGGCGGUGCACGUGAAGAAGCUGGAGGCAAACCACAACCACCUGCUGAAGAGGAACCACUUUAAAGUGCUGAUCUUCCAGGAAGACAAUGAGAUCCCCUCCAGUGUGCUAGUCAAGGACUCCCUGAAGACUCCACAACCAAGCCAGUAUGAUGCAGAAUCCACUCGGCCUGCCCCAUCUGUCACAGGCUCUGUAGAUGGCUCCCGUGCCCAAGAGGAGGGUCUCCAGACCAUUAGCCUGUCCUCAGAUGAGGAUGAUGAUCUUGCAGCAGGCCGAGUGGAAGAAGAUCUUCUGGAGGGUGUGGCCACAGGGGAUGUGGGUGCUUCCCACUUAUUUGAAAGAAGGGCUGACAAAUUCAAGCGCUCCAGCCUGAAGAAGGUUGAUAGCCUGAAGAAGGCCUUUUCUCGUCAGAGCAUUGAGAAGAAGAUGACCCAAAUCACCACCAAGAUCGUGCCACCGGAAAAGCGUGAGAAAAUCAGGAAAAGCUUCAGCCCCAACCACCCCAAGAGUCCAUCUUCCAAGACCUCCUCAUUCAAGGUGUCUCCCAUGACCUUCAAUGUAAAGAAGGUCAGAGAUGGAGAUGCUUCCUCACAUGACACUGGCCCACCUGAGGAAGAAGCCCAUGUUGAGAUUCCUGCCCUGGGAGGCUUGGAUGGUGAGCGCCCCUUGGCAGAGGUGCACACACAUGAAGUUGCUGUGGAGGAGAUUCAGGAGAAGCUGAACCCAGACCUCACCCCAGAGGCCAUGAAGGCAGAUCUGGCAGUCAAUGGAGAAGCACCAAGCAUGGAAUGUAAGAUUAAUGGUGGUCGCUCUGCUGAGCUGGCAGUUCCAGAGCAUGAUGAAGAUGUUGGCGAGGAGGAAGAAGGGGAGGAAGAAGAAGAAGAAGGGAAACACAAAAGCCCUGUUGAGAUAGCAGCAGAUGCUCAUAUUGAAGUGUCUUAAUAUGAUUAGAUUUUUGAGCAUCAUAUUUUCUCUUUUCUUUUCUUUCUUAGAUGUCUACAUUCAUGAACAGCCAGCAGGCACAAAUUAUCCCUCUGUUCUAAACACCCAUGUGUUAUUGUCAUAAAUGCAUAGAUACAAUAGAAACAUACUCUGUUUUUUAAGGUAAUCCAUCCUUGGACCUUUCCUACAACACUGUCUUUGAUUAUCACUAGCCAAGUCUAAAAACCUUGACACAGUCUACAUAAACAGCUAGGUUAACAGCUAUACCUCACUGUGCAACAUACUAGGACUGCUUCCUAAACCCUGUACUUGGGUGGUGCAAAGAAAGCAACAUAACAUCAGUGGACCAUAACUCACUCCCAUCAACUGGUGCCCAACACUUCAGUAUCAGCACAUCUCCAGGGCACUGGGCCAGCUCUCUCCCCUCUGGCUGUGUUAGCCUGUCUCUUGACCAGUCUUCUCCCCUGAAAAAUAGCCUCUUUGUGCUUUGUGCUUUUUUGUAAAAAAGAGUAAAUCUUUGGCAAACCGGGGCUGCCUGCAGCCUGUUGAGGCAGUGUGUUGCCAGGUUGUGCAAGAAAUGGAAUGGGGUGUUUCUGGGUUUUCACUGACAAUCUCCUGGGGUGUCUUGUAGUGAAGCGGAGGCUGUUUUACUAAACCUGUGUUGACAAAGGCCUGAUCUUAACUAACAGGUGAUUGUAGGCUGUUUUAUAGUCUGAGUGGCUGUGUCUUGUCUCCCGUCCUUCGCUUGUUUGUUACUUCCCAAGUGAGAUCAAAUUUCUUAUUUCCAGCCUUAUCACUGAUGAUCUACCUAGAGUAUACUAUGAGUUGCAUGUGGUAUAUACAAAAUAAUGUAAACAUUUACAAUUAACUUUUUAGUCAUUGAAAAGUACAAUAGCACUGAACUAGUCCAAAUGUUCUUGUGCAUCACAUUUACUUGAUGCUACUAGAAUGAGGGAGGAAAAAAACAUGAUUGGCUUGAGUCACAUUGACACAAAUGAAGGACUUCACUAGAGGAUAGAAGCUAGUCUAGGUGGAGAGAAAGGUUUAUUAUUGACACAAACAACCUAAUAGGUUUUAAUACUCACAGCAUAACUGUCUCUUUUACAGCCCUUUGUCUUUUCUGCAGGGCAACUUUGUAUGUUUUUGUACAGAAAGUAUUUUGUCAUUUUCUACAUGAGACACUCUACUCUAUAGGUAUUUACAGCUUACAGUAUAUGCAAAACUGUAACUUUAUAAAACUGCCUUGAGGGUGUACACUUAACAGUAAAUGUAUUUACUAUAUAAGGUGUUUUCUAAGCUGUCCUUUUCUUUCAGACAUCCACAGCUUGCAUGGGGAACUGUUUACUCAUGUUUCUUAUGUUAAAAACUAAAACCAUCUCAAAUACAUUUACCAGGGCACAUUCACUAAAGCUCCCCUUAUCUAGAUACAGUUACACACAUACUCUGUUACCUUGCACAAGCUGGUGUGAGUGGUCCUAUUUUGUUGUUGAUAAGAGUGAUCGUAAAACAUGCAUCAAGUUAGAUUCUCUUUUGAGGAACUCCUUGUAGCUGUCACUUUAUGGGGCAUACUCGAGGUUUGAUACCAACUACAUAAAGACAAAGUUUCAAGUAAUACAAAUGUAAAUACACAAUCAAAUUUGUGCUGGAAGUCAUGCCUGAAGGUUUCUAUACAGUGACCUUCCACUUGUUGCAAAUUGUUAGUGCCUUACCAGCCUUAGUUACACGUGACUGAUGCUGUGACUCCCUAAAAAUAAUUGAGCAGGUGAUACCAGGUGCCAGGGAUGCAGACAUUAGAGAGGUCACAGAAGUCGAUACAGGCAGAGGACAGCAUUCCUAGGUUUGACAGAUGACUCCUGCUUAGCCCAUUUUUCAUGAUCUUGGCCUCCUUGCUGAAAUGGUGUGUAGAGGAAAAGGCUGUCUGGAGCCACAUGUGUUCGCCCUUGUAGAGGCUCUUCAACAUGAGCUCGAAGUGGAGGGGCGCAUGUGGGGGUGUUGGAAAAAGACUUGUUGGAAAUGAUGAUAAAGUAAAUUUUGGUUUAUGCAUAUGUGCAAGGCGUUAGAAAGGUUUUCAGAUUGUGAGGGUCUGCAGUGCGAUAGACCAUGACAAUUGAAAUGCAUACUAAAUGCUGACACUGCAGGUUUGGAAAAUGUUAGUUUGUUUCCACACUAUAGAUUCUUGACUUAAUUCAAAGUAUGGUGCCCACUAUUGUAUCUAAACUAUGCAGGAAAAUCUCUUUAUUGGGGUCUCUUAAAUACAAGAGACAUACCAUGCAUGUGGUAUAACAAAUAAUUUUUGCAGUACUUGACAAAGUAUUGCACUUCAAGUUUUCCAAAUGCUUACUUUGUUAUAUAAGUUGCCAGUUUGUCCAAUUGGCUCUUUAAGGGGAAAAUAAGUAAUUAGACAUCAAUCAUUUUAAAGCACCUCUAACCUGUUUAUAUUAAAUGUGCUUAGUCAUGCUGAGGAUUUUUUCUUUUUAAUUGUUCUUUGUAUAAAUCACAUUACUGAACAAAGAUCAAACAAUAGGCUUGUGUACAUUCUGUAUAAUGUAGACAUUAAAAUGUGUUUGGCUUUGAGGUAUUUCUGCCUAUUCAUGUAUUUUUUUUUUUUUUGUUUGUUUGUUUU